CUGCAAGGGAGCGCGUUUUCUUGAUCGCCGGGAGCGCGGCUACCCUGCCGGAGGAAAGGUCUCGGCUUUCUUUUGAAGCGCGCUCGAUCGGGGCAAUGCAGAAAAGCCUCCGGCGAUGGAUCGCUCUCUCCGGUAACAGUUUUCCUUUUCUAGUCUUUAGCCCAGACCGUGGCGAGAGCUUCUCCAGCUCUCGUAGUCUGUCCCUUUGGGAUCUUUGCGUUCUUGUGGCACUUGAUUUCCAGGACGUCCCCUACGCAAGGAUAGAUCGGUGCUGCCGGGGAGACACUGUCCGGAUUCCGGAAGCUCGACGAGAACGAAUCGAGCAGCAAAGCCGAGAUAGGUGGCGGACUGCUCAGCUGAUUUCUUUUACCGACCAGCAGUAUUUAUACGAAGCGGCUUUUAGAGUGUGAAGUUUGAGCCACGACGACCAUGGUUUCUUCGUCUUUUACCUCACGACAGGAAGCUCUUCUUGGGACUGCGACACGUCUGAUAGAGAACGCGGGGAAUUUUUUUUUUCCGGCUACUCGUUGCCAAUGUACGAACCAAAGAGAAGCGAGAAGCUGGUUUUACACAUUAAUGAGGCUUGAAGGACGCGAUUGGAGCUCUCUGUGGUGGAAAAGUCACACUUGAAUGCAAUGUAAGUUUCUCUUGUUCUUUUCUUUAGUUCUUCUCACUGUACGAGGUGCUGGCGCGAGGAUAAAGCGGAAAUGGACACUAGAGUAUGAGAAGAGGAACCGGUGCUCACGAUCCAAACAUGAGUGAGCUGAACUCACACCUGGAUAUCAAAGUUCUCGAGAGCUUGACUUCCCAGGAUCAAGGAGAGAAGUUCGCGUCCCAGAUAACGGACAUCACAAAACGAUGCUUAUUUCCUGGUCCUGGGAAGAAUUUGCGAGCUUGUGGAGACGAAGGAAUACGUCACGAGCAAAAAACGCGGACCAGAUCAAGGCUGAAGCCUCCGACAUCAGCGACUGAGGAUGGCGAGGCAACGAAGAGCUCCAGCGAAGCGGUUCCAAAGUCAAGGCAGCAGGAAAAGCGUUUCCACAACGCAGUGCCAGAGGCUUCCAAAGACUUCCCAGAGAAGUCUCAUCCAGAUCAACGUAGCUACCAAAAGCCUCGGGAAUCAAGAGCAAGACAUCAGAUCUGCUCUGCUCAAUGAUCUCAAGACGUGCUUGUGGUGGAACGUUGUUUACUGCGUCGGCUACGACAAGUUCAGUGAGGAGGAAUGACGAGGAUCAUGCCUUCUGUAAGAUCAAGCUCAAAUGUCAUGGUGACGUCCAGAUGCGGAUACGAUCGA